AUGAAAAAUCCGCUCUUGCUGUCGGUCGGAGCACCUAAAACCCGGCAGCAAAAGCAGCGGCCUGUUCUUGCGCUGGCAGUAACCGCCGUCCAGGCGUUCGAUGGAUACCCACAGUUAUCAGCUUAUGAAAGGAAGAGACUAAAGAACAUUUCAGAAAAUGCUAAAUUCUUUGCUGCUUUAAAGCUGCAUGAGUCAGCUGCAAGACUUCAUCAAAUUGCAACUAAAAGACAAUCCCACGUCACCAAAAGAGCUAAGCCUAAAAAGGCAGAAGAUGAACCAGUGCGUCGAAGAUCGAUGCGCUUGCAAAGAGUAGAACCGUCAGGAAUUCCAGUGCCGGAGAUGCCUGCCCAGCCAGAAUAUAUGAAAGCUAAUGAUACUGAAAAGCACACGUGUGACAUGAAAAGGUACCAAGACAGCCUGAACAGCAUGGUCCUCAGUGAAGAUAACAUUAAAAAGGUGGUGAAAUAUCGAGUAUGCUCUAUGGCUAUCCAUCCUUCUGAAAGCAUCAUCUUCGUGGCAGCUGGAGACAAGUUCGGGCAGAUCGGUCUCUGGAAUGUGGUGAGUUGUCAGCGUGCUCUUCGCCUGGCAGAGCUGUUUUCUGAAGAAGGAGCACAUGCCUUUACUCCACACAACUAUCCGGUCAGCUGCAUGCAUUUUUCUCCGUUUAAUCCUGCUCACUUGCUGUCUCUAAGCAAUGACACUCUGCGAUGUGGGGAUGUUACCAGAGCUGUCUUUGAUGAGGUAUGCAGAAGUGAAGAAAACUUAUCUUCCUUUGACUUCCUGGAAGAUAAUGCCUCCACCGCCAUAGUAGGACGCUGGGACGGCAACGUUGCCGUUGUGGACAGACGGACACCAGGGACGUCGUCAGAGCUUUCUGCAGACAUCGGCUUCACGAGAACGAGGACAGUCCACGUUCACCCAGUGAAUAAACAGUACUUCAUUGCUGCUGGCUCAGUGGAUGUUUGUAUUUAUGACGUUCGAUACCUGAAGCCUAAGGGGAACCAGCCUGUGAGCAAUCUUAAAGGCCACACGAGAAGUGUUGCUUCUGCCUAUUUCUCACCUGGAACUGGCAACAGAGUCGUGACGGUGUGUGCUGAUGAUAAGCUGAGGGUCUAUGACACCACCUCUUUGUCAUCGACAGUCGCAGUUCUCAGUACCAUCAGACAUAACAAUAACACGGGGCGCUGGUUAACCAGGUUCAGAGCAAUAUGGGACCCUAAACAGGAAGACUGCUUCGUGGUGGGCAGUAUGGCACGGCCAAGACAAAUAGAAGUCUUCCAAGAUACUGGAAAGUUGUUGCACUCUUUUUAUAACAUUGACUGCCUUGGCUCCGUGUGCUCCAUUAACGUGAUUCAUCCCAGUAAGAACAUCUUAGUGGGUGGCAACUCCAGUGGCCGCCUUCAUGUGUUCAAAGAAUCCGCACGCAGCCGUACCGCGCUGGAUCUGCUGCCUUCGCGCUCCAGCUGGCGCCCUGACGGCAGGACGAGUGCCCUGCUGCCGCAGCGAUCCCCGGCCGUCCCGCGCUGGGGCUCGCUCCCUCGCCGCUGCCGCUCCUGUCGGCAGCGGAGCGACGAAACCGGGUUUUAUCGGUGGUGCGCAGGCCCUGCUCGGCACGACAGGGAUCAGGAGGAACCGGGCGUUCGUGUCUCCGAUUUGCCAGGUUCGUCGCUGCGCUGGGCCGCGUCCGCCUCCCCGGCAGCGGCGCUGGUGCUCGCGCAGCAACGCGGAGCAGAGGGGUUUGGGGGCCCGGCGCUGCGCCCGUGGCUGCGUGGGCUUCCUGCUACCUGGGGUGCUGGGCGGCUAAAGGCCACGUUCCUCCUGGGUUCUGAGCUGAGGUUUACUCAAGUACAACUUGCGGAGGCUAAAGGUCUUCCUAAUAAAUCCGACACGGUCACUACCGGCUACGCGCCCAGGCUGGGCCACGAGUGCCGGGCGGGCCCUCGCCUGCCCACGCUCUCCCUGCCCCGGGAGCACCGGCGCUUCAAGGCUCAGGAAAAGCGACGAGCGGCUGAGCCUGCGGCGCGGGGCGAGGGCUCUCGUUCGCCGGGCGAUGCUGCGCCGCGGGGAGCCGGCUCACGCGCCCGCCCGGCAGCGGGGGAACCGGGGCGUCCCCCCGAUAGCGUCGCGCCGCGCAUCGCCGCGUAG